AUGCUAAAGGGGAGAUCUACCGACGACAUUUUCAAGACUCUAGAGCUGAAUAUGGCAGGAAACAAGAAAUUUGAAGAACCGAAGUUUAUGACUUGGGUGGUCCAAGUGGCCAAGGUCGAAAAGCAGAACCCCGAGGAGAUGAUCUUGUCGAAGUUGAUGACGCAGUACACACCGGACUCGCUGGCUAAAAUGAUCGCGUCGGCCAAGAAAGUCUCGACCACUGAAGGUCUCGCCAUCCUGUUGCAGGCUCAGCAGAGGCGGGUCUGGAUGGAUGCUGGAAAAUCGGGCGAUGAUGUAUUCAAGUUGCUAAAACUGGACGAAACAGGGUCCACGCUUUUCAAGAGGUCGCGGUUCUCUACCUGGACUUCAUACGUCGAUGAUUUCAACAGGAACAAUCCUAACGAUGCCAUCUCGCUGUUCUCGUUGUUGGCAAAGCGAUACAAUGAAGCGACUCUUUCAGAGAUGAUCGAAGCAGCGAAGAAAGUGUCAAGUACGGAAAGUAUUGCGACGAAGUUGCAGAGUCAACAGAACAAGCUAUGGUUGUCAAAGAAGAAAUCGCCCAACGAUGUCUUCAAAUUGCUGAAGCUGAACGAUCCGGAUUUGACGGUUCUCACUGAUCCAAAGCUGAGCGCAUGGACUAGCUAUCUGAACGAGUUCAACCGGGUGAAUCCCGGGAAGGAGACUACCUUGCUUGUAACGCUCACUACUCAUUACACGGAUUUGGGUGUCGCACAGUUACUACAACAGGGGAAGCAGCUUGCCCAAACGAAGAAAAUAUCGAAGGAGUUGCAGACUGCGCAGUUUGCACGGUGGUUCUACGAUGGAAAAACUCAGGAUGAUAUUUUCAACUUACUGCUGCUAAAACAAAACACUUGGCGUACUGAUCCGGAUAAGAUCAUUCUUCAGGAAUACAACAAGUUUUACAAGGAGAUGAUGACAACGCAUUGA